CGAACAAAGUGACAUCCAUGUUUUCAAACUCAGUUUGUGUUGUUUCGAAUAAAAAAAGGUGAAUUUUGCUUAAAAUUACUUCAGUAAUCACAGUAAACUCCGUAAAAAUGACCGAUCCAGUCCUGCUGCGACACCUCAAAGGCCACAAAAGCAAAGUAACGGGCAUUUCGUUUAAUCAGGAAGGGAACCGUUUUGCGACGAGCUCCUCCGACAACACGGCCAUCGUUUGGAAUAUUAACGAGCAGGUGCGAUGCAUGCGGUUCGAGGCACACACCGACGUGGUCAACGAUAUCUGUUGGUCUCCGGCCAACGGUCAGAUAGUGGCCACGGCGUCCAAGGACCGCACCGUUAAGAUCUGGACGCCGGCGCUGAUGGGCAACUGCGACGAGUUCCGGGCGCACACGUCCAACGUGCGCUCGGUGGACUUUGACUCGCGCGGACGGAAGUUGAUUACGGCCUCGGAUGAUAAGUCGAUCAAGCUGUGGCGCGUUUCGAGGAAGCACUUUAUUUCGUCCUUCACCGGUCACACGAACUGGGUUCGGUGCGCGCGGUUCUCGCCGGAUGAUAAGCUGAUUGCGUCGUGCGGAGAUGACCGCACGCUGAAGCUGUUCGAUCCCAACUCGGGCCAGUGCGUGCACAGCUUCGUGGACCAGAAGGGUGCCGGCAAUAAGGUGGCCUGGCAUCCGGACGGAUCGCUGGUGGCGAUUGCGUUGGACAAUGCACGGGUGAAGAUCUUCGACAUUCGGAUUAGGAAGCUCAUCCAGUAUUAUCGGAUAUUCGAGGGUGCCGUGAACUCGCUGGACUUUCACACGUCGGGCCAUUACAUGAUCACGGGAAGUGACGAUGCGGCGGUGAAGGUUAUCGAUCUGCUCGAGGGACGACACAUUUACACGCUGACCGGUCACACCGGACCGGUGACGGCGGUCAAGUUCAGCAAGGAUGGCCAGUUGUUUGCGACGGCGAGCGAGGAUCGGCAUAUCAUGCUAUGGAAGGUCAACUUUGCCAGCGAAACGUCGGACAACUCGCUGUACUCGUCCGAGUGCAGCGACCUGCAGCCCCAGGAUGCUCCCAAACAGCUAGCUCCUCCGUUCAGCAAGAAGCUCACGUACGACGAAAGCCGCGGCACCGACGACGACGACGAGGGCUCCCGCUUCAACGAAAACAAGGAGAACCACCCGGACACGAGCAUCCUGGUGGACGCCCGCAAGACGGACAACUUUCACCUGACGGACGCGAUCGAGGUUUGCGAGUGACUCUCUUUACCUCUAUCUAUUUGUGUGACUUUAGGUUUAAGCUUUUGGUUUUCUAAGGAAAUUGUAAUAAGACUAUGCAAGAGUCCGCGGGUGCGCUGCCGGUCCGAGUCGUGUCUGAGUCCGGCGUCCCCCGGAACGGUUCAGGAAGCGGACGUAGCGAGUCCGGUGGAGGCGGUUGAGAGGCGAUUUUUGCGUAAAUUUAGGGCGCUUGAAACGGUCGUGGCCGGGCUCGAACGCAGGAUCGCGAUGCUUGAAGAUGUUGUGCUGAAUCGAAGUUGAGGGAAGUUUCGUUCAUGAUUGUUCGUUCAUUUGCGCGUGUACAUAAUUUCAAA